GAGACACACACACACAAUACCGCUCCGAUCCGCGAGCUUCACCGCACUGACAGUCCACAUCUUACACUGCUGACUCUAACGGCGGAGCCCUUCAGAUAUGGCGGGGCUUCGUUGAGAGGGACAGCAAAUCUCCGAGCACUAUCGUUCACAGAACAGUUUGUUUUUGGACACGCGUCUCCCCCAGCCCUCCUUAUGCACCGCUGCGACGCGGAGAAACGCCAGCUGCGCUGAAAGAGUCGAAGAAAUAGGACGAGAGUGAUUUUUACCCCCUUAAACGGACAAUGGCGGACCGCGAUGCGCUGCCCCUUCCAUUGGAAGUGCGGGCCAGAUUGGCUGAGCUGGAGCUGGAGUUAUCCGAAGGUGACAUCACUCAGAAAGGAUAUGAGAAGAAGAGGUCAAAACUGCUCGGAGCGUAUCUGCCACAUCCUCCAGGGCUAGAGGCGUCCAUGGCACACGAGCGCCGGCCACCCAUGGCGCCCUCCUCCGCUUCACGAUACCACCGUAGACGCUCCUCUGGCACCCGUGAUGAACGUUACCGGUCAGAUGUCCACACAGAAGCAGUACAGGCAGCGCUAGCCAAACACAAGGAGAGGAAAAUGGCCGUUCCUAUGCCGUCCAAACGACGAUCUCUAGUGGUACAGACCUCUAUGGAUGCCUACACCCCCCCAGGCCUCUCCCCCCUCUCCUCUCUGCCCCCCCUGACAGACACCUCGUCCGGCUCGGAGGAGGAGGGCGGCCAGGGUGAGGGUACCCCCACCUCCAGCCAGGGCAGCGUCAGCAUGGAGCACUGGAUCAGUCGGGCCAUCCACCAGGGUUCCACCACCUCCUCCUCCUCAUCAUCAACGCAGAGUGGGGGCAGCGGAGCGGCCGGGCGGCUGGCUGACGUCCUGGCUCAAACACAUGUCGGCAAAUCAGGGCCGAUCGCUCACCUCUCGUUGAAAAGGAAAACUAUGCUUGGCGUAGCAGAGAACGGAAAUUUGCGGCGCUCCUGUGAGUUCGGAUCAGAUCUUCUCUGGCCGCCACCCUUGGAGUCGGAUGAGAAUCACUCAGCCCCUCCAGACGUCACCACCUACACCUCCGAACAUCCCGUUCAGGUUGAGAGGCCACAGGUGUCCACCGUACCCCGGACCACUCCCAAAUAUGGCAACGCCGAACUCAUGGAGACCGGAGAUGGAGUCCCUGUUAGCAGUCGUGUUUCAGCUAAAAUCCAGCAACUUGUGAACACACUAAAGCAGCCCAGACGGCCUCCGCUUCGAGAGUUUUUUGUUGAUGAUUUCGAAGAGCUCCUAGAAGUCCAGCAGCCUGACCCCAACCAGCCACGGCCGGAGGGCGCUCAGAUGAUUGCUAUUCGAGGGGAACCGCUGGGAGUGGUCACUAAUUGGCCACCAUCUUUGGAAGCUGCACUGCAGCGCUGGGGGACCAUCUCGCCUAAAGCGCCCUGCCUGACCACCAUGGACACCAACGGCAAACCCCUCUACGUCCUUACUUAUGGUAAACUUUGGUCUCGGAGCAUCAAAGUAGCGUACAACAUCCUCCACAAACUGGGCACAAAACAGGAACCAAUGGUCCGACCAGGAGACCGGGUGGCUCUUGUGUUCCCCAACAACGAUCCCGCUGCCUUUAUGGUCGCCUUUUACGGCUGCCUUCUGGCAGAGGUGGUGCCCGUACCUAUCGAAGUGCCACUUACCCGAAAGGAUGCAGGAAGUCAACAGAUCGGUUUUCUCCUGGGCAGUUGUGGGGUUACAGUGGCUCUGACCAGUGACGCUUGCCACAAAGGCCUUCCGAAAGGACCCACUGGGGAAAUACCACAGUUCAAAGGAUGGCCAAAGCUGCUAUGGUUCGUCACGGAAUCCAAACACCUGUCCAAGCCACCACGUGAUUGGUUCCCUCACAUCAAAGAUGCAAAUGACGACACCGCCUACAUAGAAUAUAAGACCUGUAAAGAUGGGAGUGUUUUGGGCGUGACAGUGACACGGAUUGCACUUCUUACACACUGCCAGGCCCUAACGCAGUCUUGUGGAUACACAGAGGCUGAAAUCAUAGUGAAUGUAUUGGAUUUUAAAAAGGAUGUGGGUUUGUGGCAUGGAAUCCUAACUAGUGUCAUGAACAUGAUGCAUGUAAUCAGCAUCCCAUACUCACUGAUGAAAGUCAACCCUCUGUCCUGGAUCCAGAAAGUGUGUCAAUAUAAAGGUAAAGUGGCUUGUGUCAAGUCCAGGGAUAUGCACUGGGCUCUAGUCGCUCACCGAGAUCAGAGAGACAUCAACCUGAGCUCCCUGCGCAUGCUGGUGGUGGCCGACGGAUCCAACCCAUGGUCCAUCUCAUCAUGUGACGCGUUCCUCAAUGUCUUCCAGAGUAAAGGUCUACGUCCAGAGGUCAUCUGUCCAUGUGCCAGCUCAGCUGAAGCCCUAACCGUGGCCAUCAGGAGGCCUACAGAUGACAGUAACCAGCCGCCGGGUCGAGGAGUUCUGUCUAUGCAGGGUCUGAGCUACGGUGUCAUCAGAGUGGACUCAGAGGAGCGCCUGUCCGUACUCACCGUACAGGACGUGGGCACUGUGAUGCCAGGAGCUCUGAUGUGUGUGGUCAAGCCAGAGGGAGUUCCUCAGCUGUGCCGAACAGAUGAGAUCGGAGAGCUGUGUGUGUGUUCCAUCGCCACGGGAAUGUCAUAUUAUGGGCUCUCGGGCAUGACAAAAAACACCUUUGAGGUUUUUCCCAUGAGCAGCUCUGGGGCUCCUAUCAGCGAGUACCCCUUCACUCGUACAGGGCUGCUGGGUUUCAUAGGCCCGGGUGGGCUGGUGUUCGUGUCUGGAAAGAUGGAUGGUCUGAUGGUGGUGAGUGGACGGAGACACAACGCUGACGAUAUUGUCGCCACAGCGCUAGCGGUGGAGCCCAUGAAGUUUGUGUACAGGGGCAGGAUAGCGGUGUUUUCUGUGACGGUCCUGCAUGACGAGAGAAUUGUGGUCGUAGCCGAGCAGCGGCCGGACUCAACAGAAGAGGACAGCUUCCAGUGGAUGAGCCGUGUACUGCAGGCGAUAGACAGCAUCCACAACGUGGGGGUGUUUUGUUUGGCUUUGGUGCCCGCUAACACCCUUCCCAAGACUCCGCUGGGAGGAAUCCACCUGUCGGAGACCAAGCAGCUGUUUUUGGAAGGCUCCCUGCAUCCCUGUAACGUCCUAAUGUGCCCUCACACCUGCGUCACUAACCUGCCAAAACCCAGACAGAAACAGCCAGAGAUUGGACCCGCCUCUGUGAUGGUGGGAAACCUGGUCUCAGGGAAGAGGAUCGCUCAGGCCAGUGGCAGAGAUCUGGGCCAGAUCGAAGACAAUGAUCAGGCAAGAAAGUUCCUCUUCCUGUCUGAGGUGUUGCAGUGGAGAGCCCAGACCACCCCGGAUCAUGUGCUCUUCACCCUCCUCAGCUCAAGGGGAACAGUCCUGAGCUCACUGACGUGUCUUCAGUUGCAUAAGCGGGCGGAGAAGAUAGCAACCAUGUUGAUGGAGCGAGGCCACCUGCAGGACGGUGAUCACGUUGCUCUGGUGUACCCACCUGGUAUAGAUCUGAUUGCUGCCUUUUACGGAUGCCUGUAUGCCGGCUGUGUACCAAUCACAGUGAGACCACCACACCCCCAGAACAUCGCCACCACCCUGCCCACUGUGAAAAUGAUUGUGGAGGUGAGCCGAUCAGCAUGUGUGAUGACCUCACAGAUCAUAUCCAAGCUCCUGAAGUCGAAGGAGGCGUCUGCCGCAGUGGACGUCAGGUCGUGGCCUCCUGUUCUGGACACAGAUGAUCUGCCAAAGAAGAAGCCCCCUCAGCUCUACAAACCCUCCAAUCCAGACACGCUGGCUUACUUGGACUUCAGCGUCUCCACUACAGGGAUGCUUGCAGGAGUAAAGAUGUCCCACACAGCCACCAGUGCCUUUUGCCGCUCUAUAAAGCUCCAGUGUGAGUUGUAUCCCUCUCGUGAGGUGGCCAUCUGCCUGGAUCCAUACUGUGGCCUUGGAUUUGUCCUCUGGUGCCUCUGCAGUGUGUAUUCAGGGCAUCAGUCCAUCUUGAUUCCCCCGUCCGAGCUGGAGGUGAACCCCGCUCUGUGGCUGCUGGCUGUCAGUCAGUUCCGGGUCAGAGACACGUUCUGUUCGUACUCCGUCAUGGAGCUUUGCACCAAGGGCCUGGGCCUGCAGACAGAAUCCCUCAAGUCCCGUGGACUUGACCUGUCUCGCGUGAGGACGUGUGUGGUGGUCGCUGAGGAGAGGCCCAGGAUAGCCCUCACCCAGUCCUUCUCCAAACUCUUUAAAGACCUGGGCCUGCACCCGCGAGCCGUCAGCACUUCCUUUGGAUGUAGAGUGAACCUGGCCAUCUGCCUGCAGCCUCACAGGCUCGGGAAGCUUGCGGAUCAGGGGACAUCGGGACCGGACCCGACUACUGUGUACGUGGACAUGAGAGCUCUACGACACGACAGAGUGCGGCUGGUCGAGCGAGGCUCCCCACACAGUCUUCCCCUCAUGGAGUCUGGAAAGAUUUUACCCGGAGUUCGAAUCAUCAUCGCCAAUCCUGAAACCAAGGGCCCACUGGGAGACUCCCAUCUAGGGGAGAUCUGGGUUCACUGUUCCCAUAAUGGCAGCGGUUACUUCACGGUGUAUGGAGACGAGGCCCUGCAGUCCGAUCACUUCAACUCUCACUUGAGCUUCGGAGAUACGCAGACGGUGUGGGCGCGUACCGGCUACCUGGGCUUCCUCCGCAGGACCGAACUUACAGAUGCAAGCGGAGAGCGGCAUGACGCUCUGUAUGUAGUGGGUGCUCUGGAUGAAGCCAUGGAGUUGAGAGGAAUGAGGUAUCAUCCCAUCGACAUAGAGACCUCUGUGAUACGCACACACAAGAGCAUCAUGGAAUGUGCUGUGUUUCCCUGGACCAACCUGUUGGUUGUGGUCGUGGAACUGGAAGGUUCGGAACAGGAAGCUUUGGACCUGGUUCCUUUAGUGACCAACGCGGUCCUGGAAGAGCACUACCUGAUCGUGGGCGUGGUGGUCGUGGUGGACAUCGGCGUCAUUCCCAUCAACUCUCGCGGAGAGAAGCAGAGGAUGCACCUGCGAGACGGCUUUCUGGCCGACCAGUUGGACCCCAUCUACGUGGCAUAUAACAUGUAGCAUGAGUGUACGCGUGGAUGCUGUCGCCUGUAUGUUUGCGUGCGUGUGUUUUGCCGACUGCCGAUGACCGGUUGGGCGAUCUUCAGCGAAUUAACACUUACUGGGAGAAACUUUGAGAAGCGUUGACAAAGCCAAACCUAAACUCUGAUUGGCGGAAGGAUUCUGUCUCCUGAUGGGAAGAAGAAUCGCCUCUGCUUCUGCUUGUGUGCGUGUCGCUUUUUCACGUGAUGUGUUGCGACAUCAUUCAUUUUUAUUCCGCCCUACUAUGAGCGAAGGGUAUUUUUAAAUAUCUGCAUACUGUGGCGAAAUGUGCAUUUUAAGUUUCCCGAUGAUUUGGAGUAACUUGUUGAAAGUACACGUGAUAUCAGACACUCUGGACGCCAUUUCUGUUCGUUUGUUUAAAAAAAAAAAAGGUAAAACGACAACUUAAGGUUACAUUUGUACGCACGUCCUUCAGCAAUUUGCCGGUUUCGUUUUUCAACCUUUGUAAAUGUUCUCGAGCAGCAGGAAGCAAAAAAGAAGAAAAAACAUCCCCUGCUUUUUCGAUUCCUCCAUGUUUAAUAUCAUUGUACAAAACUGAAGGUGAACACAAAGUCGGUUGAUAUUGUGUAAUUAUGUACAGAUAAUAGUUCUUAUUUAUUUUGCUCUUUUUAGAAUUGGUGAGCGAAGACAUUUGGAAAUGUUUUCCUCAUUAAAUAAUAUUGCUGAUAUAAAACAUUGUAUCAUCUUGAGUGAGUAGUAUCACGUCAAGUCUAUGUAAAAAUAUAAAUAUACAUACAAAUAUAUAUAAAAAAAAGAAAUAUAUAUAUAAAAUAAGAUCUACGAAUCACCAAUGAAACAUUUCUAAUGCAGUACUUCCCACUUGCAUGGUGUCUGUUGUAGAAAGAAUCAACUGACCGAUCGAACGUUACCCACACGUUUAAUAAUAAUAAUAAUAAUACAAACUCAUAGGACUUUCAAGAUGAUGUCAAAUGUGCGUGAACGAACGCUUCGGUUCUUCUAAUUGAAAUUAAAUCGCUACACCCUUACUGAGAAAACGAACCCUAAAAAUGUGCCUGGAAUUUUGUUUACAUUUGCUUUACGACUCAAAUCUUCACCGCAAUUUGUUCCGCUGUGGUUUUUUUAUUUGCUUCGAUUGAUUUUUUUUAAACUUUUGUAUCGUUUUUCUGUGUGAUUUCAUUAUUAUUUAUUGACACAGGCUUUUUACACAUGCGUUUUUAUUUACCGCUCAAACAUCAACAGUGUUUUCAUUUAUAAUGCAUCAGUCAGACUGUCACAAGGACUUUGGUAUUUCCAUGAAACAUUUACGUUAAUGACUCGCAGUUUACUUUCAACCCAAAUCAGCUCAUGUGAAAUGGAUUAAGCUCUUGUUUUUAAUCGCUUGCGUGGGAAAUACAUGCUAAAUAAAUGCCGGCAUAUUGUUGGCACUUGCAAUAUGGGCAAAGCAUGAAACAUGACCGACUGGCUAUAAUAAUGCAAACAAAAGUGAACCAUGACGUUAUUUUACCAUUGUACCCAGCUGCAUUAGAAGAGACGUGUUUUCUGAACUCCUUUUCAUGGUGCUGGCAAUCCGUUAAAUCGCCAUGACAAAACUGAGUAUUCAGGAUUUUCUUCUUUUCUUUGCCACAGAUGAUAAUCUACUGCAAUCAGAUAUCAGCACUCUGGCCUCAUUGAGGUCUCAGUUUUAAUGCAAACGUUUAUUUUAUGUUUUUGGAAUCGGUGUCAUAGACGUCAAUACUGUGUAUGGGAACUGAGUUUACACUUGUUCAGAGAGUGACGAUGCAAUGUUUUUUUUGUUUUUAAAAAAAAUGAAGGAAAGAAGUCUUAACCUGUUCAGAAGCUUUAGUGUUGCCAUUCCCAUACAAGCCGAAACGUUUCCCCAUUUAAAAAAAAGAAAGUAAUGUGCACAUAACUUUCAACCUGUGUAGUUAUCUCCCUUUCUUUUUUUUUUUUUUUGAAAUCUGGACUUACGUGAGAGAGUCUGCAUGGUGUAUGUAAAUAUUGUUGGUUAGAGAAAAAAAGACAAAAAACAAAAUUUAUUUUGUAUGGUGCAGGUGUGUUUGAAAUUCUGUUUUGUACACAUGAUUAAAAGUAUUAAAUGACACUUUUAUAGAAGCCUGCUUUGGCCUACGUUCACAAAAUAUGGUGCAAUAAAGUGCUUUGAUUGGUAAAUUUGUCAUUUUUAAAUUUGAAAAAAAAAAAAAAAAAGUACGGUAAUAAUAAAACCGGUUGAUAUGUUUUAUUUAUACAUAGUACUGUUACAUAAUGUAAUGCAAGAAAGGGGAAAACGUUUACACCACAUUAAUUCGUAUGCACAUGAAAGACAGGUGUUUGUUUACCAGACUUCUCGCUGGGUGUCGGAAAUUCUCAGUAGUCAUUACUCUGUCCGCAUAAAUAUAAAUUAAAAAUACAUUUCAAAAAGGGUUACUUGCAAUUACAAAGUGGCGUCAAAUUACCCUAGAAAACAAAAAAGGAGACAUACUGCAUCACUGAUGACACGCAAUGAUUAACGUAGAGUCCAAAAUAAGGUUCACACAACCUGGUUUCAUGCACACUGGAAUGGAACAAAUUACCGUUAUCACAAAUAUUUUUUUUUCCUUUACAGUUCGACUUUAUCAAAUACAUAGUUAAUGCGCUCAUGAAAUGUACAUAUGCUAACGUGCAAACGUCAUCAGUCACGGUUAGCGGCAAACAGUUAUUUACAUGUAGUGCAACAGUGAGGUUGGGAAGGGAGCGAGAGAAAGAGAAACGAGGCAGGACAGAAACCUGGAUGUAUUAGACGUGAUUUAAGACGCAUCCAGAACUUCAGAGAGAGACCGAAUACAGGUGCACGCACAUAUGGAUCUGUGCAAAAACACGAAAGAAGGACCUCACGUACCCCUACAUCCUUCAGCUGAUUGAUUCUCCUUCCCAAAAGCAGAUCGUAGAAACAUUGCUUUUGGGAAACGCAGCCCUGGUCGACAUUAUUAAAUUACAUCUCAAAAACUCUCUAAAGAUAGAUCUUACCUCAUUUUUACUUAAUUUUUGUUAUUGCAAUAUUUAAAAGGACAAUAAUUCACCUAAAUUUUGUCAUUUAUUCAGCCUCACGUCGUUCCAUACGCAUUUAACUGAAAAAUAUAAAAUGAGAUGUUUAAGUGUCCAAGCUGCUCUUUUCUAUAAAGUGAAAGUGGAUGGAGACCAAGUCAAGCCAUUUUACUUUCAUUGAGCAGCACAUAAGAGGUUUGGAACAACUUUAAAGGCGAGUAAAUUAUGGUUGAAUUUAAAUUAUGUAAACUAUCCUUUUAACUUCUCCCUCAGGUCAGAAAGUGCCAUGAAAAGUCAUCCUUGAUGAUAAAACCCUAAAGCGAUCAUUUCUGAUUGUUCCAUUUACUCUGAUCUCUGUACAAUCUUAAGUCUGGUUAAACUUUGCUACUUAAAGGGAUCUUGACAUGAAAUCAGGUUUUGUUCACACUUAUGAACCUCACUAAAGAUCCCACUUGGCAAACAUUUAGUACACUUAAGCUACUGCAAUGGACCCCAAAAUUAGCACAUAAUUUAUUUAUUUUUUGUUAAAAAUUAAAAGGCCUAUUUUAAAGUGUAACCAUGAAAUGUGCAUAAUCAUUAAUGGAAGAUUGUAUCAUUCAGACAGACAUGACCUGCCAUCUUUAAACCCUGUUCCCAAAGAAAAAAGACAUCACAACCAAUGAUAAAAACCAACCGUCGAGUUUAAAAGCACCAACUUCACUCAAUGCAGGAGGCAGACAUGAUUCGCUCAUAUAAAAAUUCAAAUAUCUACAUAGCUUCAGAUUAAGUUGUGUUUAAAAAGAUUACUAGUACUUCACAUUUCAGCUAGUCUGUAUGCAAGCAAGGCUGAUUUCCGUCGUACAGCAAAUAAAAGGGUAAAAAAAAAAAAA